AUGUCAUCUCCACCUCUGAAAGAUCUUGUAGAAGAAUGGAUAGCGUUGGAUCCGAAUCCUGAGACUCGGAAAGAAAUCCAGGAUCUAUGGGACAGUCGCAACGUAGAUGAACUGGAGAAACGUUUGAGGACACGUAUUGAGUUUGGUACUGCUGGAUUGAGAGGCAGAAUGGAAGCUGGCUGGUCUCGCAUGAACGAUCUCAUUAUUCUCCAAACAUCCCAGGGACUUUCUGAUUAUGUAUUGGAACAUGUUAAAGACGCACACAAUCGCGGCUUAGUCGUUGGUUACGACCAUAGACAUCACUCUGAACACUGGGCCCAACUUACGGCUGGAAUAUUUAUCUCCAAAGGCAUUAAAGUCUACCUUCUCCGUGGGUUCAAUCAUACACCGAUGGUACCUUUCAGCGUUAAACAACUGGGAGCUGCAUGUGGUGUUAUGAUUACAGCUAGUCACAACCCCAAACAAGAUAACGGAUACAAGGUCUACUGGGAAAAUGCCGUUCAGAUUAUCGGUCCUCACGAUGACGGUAUAUCGAAAGCUAUCACGUCGCAUAGUCAUCAAGGAGCACCAGCAAGCCAAUUGGACAUAUUUCAAUCUAACCUUCUUGUCGACAUGACGAAACAACUUCAGACCGAAUAUUUUGAAUAUCUGGGAAGCCUACUGACUAACCGAGAGCUCAAUUCUGACUCUGGUAAUAAGUUUGUAAACACCUCCAUGCAUGGCGUCGGUGAUUAUUUUGUGAAGGAGGGAUUUUCAAUUUUCGGAUUCCCCUCGUACACGCCGGUAAUUGAGCAACAGCAACCUGAUCCUGAAUUUCCUACUGUGAAGUUUCCAAAUCCAGAAGAAAAAGGAGCAUUGGACCUUGCUCUGGCGACUGCGGAAAGGGAAGGGAUUAACUAUGUCUUAGCACAGGAUCCUGAUGCAGACAGGUUUACAGCUGCUGAAAGGAGAGCAACUGGUGGAUGGACCCUCUUCACUGGUGACCAAUUAGGCAGUCUGUUUGCAAGCCGAGUAUUUGAAACAUACAAAGCUUCUGGGAAGCCAAUUGAGAAAUUAGCAAUGGUUGCUUCUACUGUCAGUUCAAAAAUGAUUCAGUCGAUGGCCGAUGUGGAGGGGUUCAAAUUUGAGGAGUGUCUUACAGGAUUCAAGUUCAUUGGCAACACGGCGCUCCGCUUAGUGGAUCAAGGUUUCGAUGUACCAUUUGGAUACGAAGAAGCCAUUGGAUAUAUGUUUGGCUCGCAAGUCAGAGAUAAAGACGGUGUCGCCGCUACGAUGCUUUUCGGAGAGCUUAUCGCUGCACUUCGACGUCAAGGGGAAACCGUGGAAGGACAUUUAGAGAAACUUUAUAAAAGAUACGGCUACUUCCAGACGAGCAACAGUUACUUCACUUGCACAGACCCCAAGAUCACCGACAAGAUUUUUGCUCGGUUGCGCAAGUAUAAUGUAAACCCGUCGCUAUCAGGGGCAGUGUACCCGAAAACCCUUGCUGGCCUUGACAUCAAUAGGGUGAUCGACCUGACCACUGGUUACGACAGUGGAAACCCUCCAACUUACAAGCCAUCUCUUCCUCUGUCUUCUGGGCAUAUGAUCCAGAUCAGGGCAGGCAACCAGGAUACUAGCUUGGACAAGCGGGACUGA